UUUUGAAAGUUACUGGGAAGCUCGAGAAAACCCGACGAAAGAAACUGGGGACGAGAUGACGGACAUCAUGGUGGAGGAUUUCGAGUCCUUCGUUAACGUUGAUAUCGACACGGAGAAGAACAACGGGACUCCUGAGGAGUUACAUCCUGUGUCCGGGAUAAGUCAAGCUCUGUUUCAGAAUGAAGAGGAGGAUGAAGAUGAGAGUGAUGACGAUGAGAGUGAUGAUGACAGUGGCACAGACCAUUUAAUCUCUGAGAAAUCUGGGACUCAGCUGCAGAGAUGUGAGCACCGUGAAGGAGUGAAUUCAAGUCUUCCCGACAUCUUCCAGACCAGCCACCUGCUCUUCUAUGAGAGGUUCAAGGCGUACCAGGACUACAUGCUCGGAGACUGUAAGCCAUCUGAGGUGAAGGCCUUCACAGCAGACUACCUGGAGAAGGUGGUGGAGCCGUGUGAUUGGUUGGCUUUGUGGUCUACUGAUGUCUUCGAUGUCCUGGUGGAGGUGUGUGAUGUGGACUGGAAGGAUCUGAAGGCGUGUGUGAAGCUGGCGCUGCCUCUGCAGUGUGACACCAGAGGCUGUGAACUCACCGAGGACGCCAUGACGUCUCUGCUGGAGGCCACUCAGCACAAAGUCCCUCUGCAGGAGCUCCUGGUGGUCUACGAGCAGUCUGGGGACUUUGAUCAGACCGCCCUCGCUGUCGAGCACCUCAGGUUUUUCUAUAAGCACAUCUGGAGAGAGUGGGAUGAGGAAGAUGAAGACGAUGACUUUGACUACUUUGUUCGUUGUGUGGAGCCUCGCCUCAGGCUCUACUACGACAUCUUAGAGGACAGAGUCCCAGCAGGCCUGGUGGCAGAGUAUCAGGCCUUACUGGAAAAAUGCUCCCAGUGCUUCCAGCAGUUCUUUGUGCUGCGCAGCGGCCUCAGCGCCGACUCAGACUCAGAGCCAGACAACGUGUCCAUGGUGGAGGGCCUGAAGCUCUACGACCAGCUGGAGACGUUCAAACGCAAGCUGCACAUCAUAGAGAACCCCCUGCUGAGGUAUGUGCUGGGCUACAGAGGCAAUGCCAGGCAGCAGUGUGCGCAGAGUCGGGGGCCCAGAGAGUCGGGUGUGAAGGUGGUCCAUGUGGUCACAGCCUCCUGCAGCACCACCCAGCUCCAGUCCCUCCUCAGUGACAGACUGCUGCCUCUGUGUUCCUCUGAGGACACUGAGAUUCAGUUCCACAGAGACCCAGUGUCAGCAGUGGAAGCCUGCCAUCAGGAUGAUGUGGUCAUAGUUCUCCCAGGGAUCUACAGUGUCAGCAGCUCCAUCUUUCUGCCUGACUCCAUCACUAUAGAAGGCUUCGGGCUUCCUGAUGAGGUGGUGAUUGAGAAGAAAAACAAAGGCGACUCAUUUGUGGAGUCAACCGGAGCUGACAUACGGAUGUCCAACAUCAAGUUCAUCCAGCACGAUGCUAUUGAGGGCAUUCUGUGUGUGCGUCAGGGGACUCUGAACAUGGAGAACUGUGUGCUGCAGUGUGAGACCACGGGAGUGAUUGUCCGAACAUCAGCCCAUCUCACUAUGAACAUGUGUGACCUGUAUGGCUCCAAGGGGGCCGGUGUGGAGAUUUACCCCGGCAGUGUCUGCAGUCUGGUCGGUAACGGCAUCCAUCACUGUAAGGACGGGAUCCUCAUCAAGGACUUUGCUGAUGGGCUGGACGGGAUGCCAUCAAUCACCAUGGAGAACAAUGUGAUCCACAACAAUGAAGGCUACGGGGUGAUUCUAGUGAAACCCAACAACGGGGAACAACAUGGAGCUCCUCAGGACAGAAGUGGAGAGGACUCUGCUGGACCGACAGCUGAGGACAAACAGCAGGAAGGUGUUACAGAUCUUCCUGUCGUCUCCACAACCAAUCCGACCAGCAGCGGCUCGGCAGACGUCCAGCCCGAGUCAGCAGAGAACAACAACAGCACAGACGGUGACGCAGCCUCCACCUCAGGCAAGAAGUGGCAGUUCAGUCGUCAGCUGAGCAGAAACAAGGAGACGUCCUGCAGCCGAGCCGUCCAGGACCUGAUGGACCAUCAGAUCUUCGUCUCCAUUCAGGGAAACCAGUUCAGACGUAACGGCAUGGGCGACUUCGGCACCUUUUUCUACUGACAAACUUCAGACUGGCUGAACAGCGAUACAUGUCGGCACCCUCAGAACUGACAGCUCUUUAGAGAUUGCUCAAAAGAGUUUAUUUGACAGCUUCAUGUUUUAGAUUUUCGAUUGUCAUGAAAUAAAUCUUGCUGACUCACAGCCGUCCAUCGAGGUGUUCUGCAGAGACGAUGAUAAUGUUCCUGUGUUGUGAUCAGUGUGUGUUUCUAAAAGCACUCUGAAUUAACUGUAAAUUGUUCCCCACCUUUGCUUUUAUCUUAUUUAUUCCUUUGGGCUUCUGACGCGAAAUGUUUUUAAUUUUUUUUAACGCAUUAUUUGAAUCCACUCGUCACUUUGAAUUCAGUUUUGGUGGUUCCACUUUAGAUCUAAUAAAUGUUACGUUACGGUGAUUAUGUUGUUACCUGAUGUUGAAAGCAGUGCACUGUUGAUGACACACUGAUAUUAGUUCUUUGUUCAUGAGUUAGAUGUAAUGUUCACGUGGUGCCUCCUUUUUUUAAAAGGUGUUGGUUGUGUGUUAUGGUCGAGGGGAGUCUUCAGGCUGACAGACUCUGACAGAAGUUUUAUAUAUUCAGAUUGACUGAUGAUACAAAUGAGCCUUUAGUUUAAACUGCUACUUGUAGAAAUUGUGAAUAUAAUGAAUUUCUUACAGAUUAAAAUGUGUCUGUUGAAACCUCUAUGUGGUGGUGCAGUUUGAUCAGCAUUUAAAGGGUGUGUGUUGAAACCUGAAGCUGACCCCGACCACGCGCACUGUGAAUCACACUCACUGAGUCUUAAAUACCGAGCGUUAAACACUUCAUUUCCUGCACUCGAGUGAAUUUUAAUGAACCAAUAUGGUGGAUAUUCUUUAUAUCAGAAAUACACAAAAUCAGUCAUAAGUUGAAAAUUCAAAAAUAUAGAAAUAUAAUGCAGUGACACUUUCUCUCCCAAGUCAACACACGGGAUGAUUUACUCUUUGGUCACUUUUGUGUUUAAGGAAAUUAACUCUUUAAUUGAGCAUGUGGCACCUUUUUAUGUCUGACACAUUAAUUCAUUUUAAUUAAUUUAUAAACCCCUGGACUUAAACAGCUCGUGUGUUGUCAAGUUCACAGAGGGAGAAUGGAGAACUUGGACUGAUGGAUGAACAUUUUUGGGUCAUUUUAGAAUCAGGAGGUCAGAGGGGAUUUUUUUUAAUCAUUACUUUUUUUUUGGACAAUGCACAUUUGGUUCUUCUAUAUUAACACUGCAUUGUAUGUUUUAUCAUGUAAAUAAACCCUCUUAAAGUGUUCUCA